AUGCCAUCCCUGAGUGUGUGCAAUACUCAUGAUGCAGUUUUGCGGUUCAACGCUGCACCUACAGAGCGGUACGAGAGAGACGUGGGGAGCAAAACCACUAUCCGCAUCAUCAACUCACAGAUUUUGGCCAAUCCUCAGCAUCGAUUCAACACAAGCUCAAUCUACAAGAAUAUCACUCUGGUGGCCUGGGACCCUGCACCUUACACUGUCGACUUACAAGAGUGGUAUGAUACUCCGGACUACAACCUUUUUGGUCCGUACGUGGAGCACCGCAAGCUCCAUCCUGACCAGCCCUUCUACAUCCUUCACCCCAGCUAUGUGUGGCGACUUUGGGAUGUGAUUCAGAGCAACACUCAUGAGAAUAUCCAGCCUAAUCCUCCCUCAUCUGGCUUCAUAGGCAUCCUCCUGAUGAUGGCGCUGUGCGAGAAGGUGCAUGUAUAUGAGUACAUCCCCUCCAUGAGGCAGACAGACCUGUGCCACUACCAUGAGCGUUAUUACGAUGCUGCCUGUACACUGGGUGCUUACCAUCCCCUGCUGUAUGAGAAGAGCCUGAUCCAGCGGCUCAACGUGGGACCCGAGGGGGACCUCAGAAGGAAGGGACGGGUCACUAUUCCAGGCUUCAGCACCGUCAACUGUGACAUUUGAGAUAUGAAGACUGACCCUCAGAGCCCGAACAUACACACACGCUGCGGCCGUUUCUGGCUGACUAAGGGAGAGGUGCAAUAAAGCCACAGGAGACAAGGAGGCUGGAGCUUACAUGUUUCAAAUUAGAUCCAUGAAGAACCUAAGCCAUAGCCCUCCAGGGAGGGCUUAACAUGGAGGCUUCUGAAAUAACUUGUCUUCAUUAAUAUGGUUUACUAGACCAGAGACUGGCAGGAAGAGUCUCCAAGAUAUAGAAAAGACAUUUCUCUCUGCUUUAGCUGAGCCAUGUUAGCUAUGGAGCUAACUAGGGUAGCAACAAUGUUUUUAGGUAGACAAGUGAAUUUUCAAUAACUCGGUGUAUUUCAGUGUUGUAAACUCUGUGUUUUUCAAUAGUAUGGGUGGUUCUCCACUUAUAGGAAAUGCCACUGUUUAUAACGGUGGAUAUCUCGGAUUUUGUUUUUUACUAGGUAAAAGGGUUGUGAAUAAGCAAAGAAGUCAUCCACGCUGAAUGUCAUAAAUGCAGCAUAUACACAAAUUCACACAAACGCAUAGAGCAGCGGUGUGAAAAACCAUUUCGAUUGAGCUGUCACAGCAGUCACAUUACUGUACAUUUCAUCGCUUUGCAGCAGGCAUUCCAGUUCGACAUUCCUCUAUCUUCUUGUGAAACCAGAAGUUGUGCUUUGUGUUGCCAUGAGGAGUUUAUUUCACACAACUGAUGUUGUUAAGCUUGAUACUCUUCUGUGCAUGCCAACUUGUGAGCUCACGACCACCAGUUUGUCGCACCUUGUUCACAUGUUUAGAAUGAUUCCUCAUUUAGUGUCAAGAAGCCUGUCUCUCAUUUAAGAGCCCACAGGAAGGAAGGCACCGGUGGUCCUUUUUGGAUUCAUCUUACCUAUAGUAAACUAUUUUACGGAUGGUGUAAUUAAAUCAAAGUAAAUGGGGCCAAAAUGGAUCUUCAGAACAAACCGGUGCUCAGAACAGCCGUAACCCUGUGCCUGGUGGUCGACUGAACACUUCCCUCGGGUUGCCUUGUGACUGUUCAGGUACAUGCAGUACAUACUGCGGCAGGACUGCAGUAACGUGGAGUUAAAAUUGUCGUGAGAGUUGUGGAGCAAUUGAUAUUGCUAAAGUGAGCCGUAUCAGGGGAUUCUCAGCCCAGCCUUCAUCAGACCCUGUUUUUAACGGUCAGCUUACUCUUUAUUGAAUGUAAUUUUACCACUGCGUGUAACGGCCAAAUCCUCCCUUGAACUCACUAUUGCAGUAUGGUCUGCAUAUGUGCAGGGUUAUUUCUUUGUCAUGUAACAGCAUGAAGCUCAUUUCCUACUAUUAUUUCCAACUAUAAAUAUUUCCUGAAUCCUCUGGUUUGUUGGUCUAUACCCUAAGAUGGGGGACUAUUAUAAAGGUAUUUGAACCGGUAAUCAUCAUACUUGCUUUGUCUCCAGCUAGGGUGAUUUUUUUAUGUUUACAGUCAGUCAGUGCCACAUCUGCAGCUCUGGAGGUUUUUGUUCAGUGUCUAGAGGAGGAUCGGUUGUGAUUUUUGCUGCUGACAUUCAGUCAUAUGACAGAUGUUUAUUGGUACGUGUGCUAUUCUACGAAAUGUUCUUGUGCCAUUGGUUGUGGUAUAAGAUGUGAAAACUUUUUUUUGUUGAAUUAGAUGGCUCUGUAUUAGUAGUGGUAGUAUGUUUAAAAAAAAUAAAAAUAAAAAAAUCUGGGGCUAAGCAUUACUUGUUGAGUAGGGCUGGGUAUCAUCUAAAAUGUGUCAGUACUAUUGCAAACAUGCACUGUGCUGAUAACAAAAUGAUACAUUUUUUAAAACCCUUUUUUUUUCUUUUUUUCUUUUUUUUUUUUUUUUACAAAACAAAAAAUGUUUUAUAGCUCAGGUAAUACCUGAUCUAAUGAAAGAAACAUGCAACAGACCAAGAAUUUGGUGCCCAUUUUCAAUACUUGAGUCGGGGUGGGCGAUAUAGAUCAAAUUUGCUAUGAUUUUAUAUUGCAAAACUCGUAUAUUCGCGAUACAGUAAAUUUUCUCGAAAUUCUGUUGAGAAUCUACACUCAGUUGCCAGUUUAUUAGGUAAACUUUGUUAAAGCCCUGCAAUAAAUUCAUUCAAAUAAAUGGUAGUGGACAAAAUAUUAGAAACUUAGAUGAAUGCAGCACCACACACUGCAGCCAGCAAAAUGAUCAUACAGUUGAAUCAACAUCUCUCUAACAGUUACCUCAAAAACAGACCACUCUAACCGUUAUGAAGUUGUGAUUUACUGCUCUUGCAUUAGACUGCAUUACUUUUAGCUAAGUGGUCCUAAUAAGGUGGCAACUGAGUGUGUGUAUAGUUGAAAUAACCAGAUGGGAAAGAAUAAUUCAGUGAAUUACAUACAUGACAAAGGUACUUCAUCACAUUGAUGCAAAAUUCUGUAAAUCUAAUAUUACCACAAUGUAGUCCUCAUUGAUUUGCAAGCUCUCUCGGUAUAAAUUGUAUAGAAAUAUCUCUUAACAUUUGACAAAUCGUCUCACAUUAUAUGUAUAGUUAUAUCGCCCAGCCCUACUACACAGUUUUUGAGAUGCUAUGGAUGUGUUUAGCUUGGAAUGAAAAAGAAAGUGAGGUUUGAUACCCAGGUGGAUUGUUUGGCAUGUCAUUAGAAGAUUAUUGGAACAAGGAACCCAGUAAAGUCAGCAACUGUUAGAGGACUGCAAUCAAGGUUAAAAAAAAAAAGAAGAAGAAGAAGAAAGGAAGCGUUUUCUAAAACUUUGGAGAUUAUAUCAUUAUUCAUUUUAAAUCAUACAGGUUCUCAACUCUGCUGUCAUGUUUUUAGAUAAUUAUAAAAUGUUUUAUUGCUUGUGAUUGUAACACACUGAAGGUGCAAAAACCCUGAACAUUGUACAUGUAAAUUUUAAUACCUUUUUGAUUACUUUACAGUGCACAAAGCAUGCAAAUCAGGAUCAGGGCUAAGAGUCUUUAAAGUGUCUGUGCUGUACUGUGCUGCAAGUAGACACCAUUGUCAUUAAUGUUGUGAGAGGCGAUUGUGCUAUAUAUUUUUUUUUUUUUUUUGCUGGUGUUCUGCAGAUUGUAGUGCAUGCUUAUGGACAGGGAAAAUCACAUCCAGCUGCGGUGCAGUUAUUAGUAGUUCCCUGGGAGCACUUGAUUAAGUGCCAAAUUCCAUUUUUUCUUAUGUCUUAGCAGGGUUGGGUUGAGCACGGGAUGAGAACUCAGAGUAAUAGCAGGACUUUAAGGCGCUAUUGCUUUUCUCUGGAAUGCUUAAGGUGGAAUUUAAUUUAAUGUUUAAUCCUCUUCAAGACAACAAUUUUAUUGCCAGAAUUAAAUACAGGACAUUGUGCCGACACGUUAUUGUUGACCAGGGGUGAGAUGAGAAAACAUGUUUGAAGACAUAUUUAUUUUACUUUCCCAGUCUGCCUCUUUCCCUCCUCUCUUUACUCUCAAGGCCUAUUUUUCAUGUCUUGUUUUUACUCUGUAUUGUGGGAAUUGCUGCACCACACUGCCUCUUAAGGAUUGUUCAACAUUUAAGUUUUUUUUUUUACAUUUCCCUCCUGUUGGAUUCCUAAAAAGAGGAAGAGAAAAAGAAGCAUCCAUGACUGAACCUAAUAAGAGUGAAGAUCCUGUUUUCACUCCCGACAACCUUAGGGUGUUCUUCUUGACUUUAAUUUGUCAUUAAAUUCUCUUCUUAUUACACUUGAAUUGAUAUUUGUAGGAUUUUGGUUGUAAUUUGUCUUUUUUUUACUGUGUAAAUAAAGCUGUUGUACCUGU